AUGCCCGAAUCAUUUGAUCAAUUGGAUUACAAUAAAGAAUCACAAUUAUUAUGUUCAUUGUGUGCACAUCCACCUGUUGGUUUUAAUAAACAUUUCAAUAUGAUGGCCUGUUUGAUUAGUUUUAAUGCAGGUAAUUCAUCCGAUGUUGAUAGUGAAGAAUUGUGGAAAUAUUUCAAUUCAAAAUAUCAUCAAGAUCGUUUGAAUGAAUUGCAUAAGAUUCCAUUUCCAAAUGAUGAAAUGGAUUAUGAUCUGUAUGAAUCUAGUGAUGAUAAUACAUUAUCCGGUGCUUCAACACCGAUCAAUGUUCAAACACCACAAUUGCCAUCAUCAAGAAAACGAAAAUCAGCAACGACUACGACUACAUCACUUCAGGACAAUUCUUUAGGAUCGAUGGAUCAAAAAUCUCAAACUCCUACAGUGGCAAGUCGCCGUCGUGAUAGAUCAGAUUCAGAAAAAAAUGAACGUUCAGAAAGUACUACUACUAGUAGUAGUAGUAAUAAACAUUCACAUCGACAUCGUUCGGAUAAAGAUAAUAAAGAUAAAGAUAAGGAUGAUAAGAUGGAUAAAAUAAAAUCAUGA